AUGGCGAAGCGGAAGCGGCCAGGGAAGCCGGCUGAGUCCACGAAGACCCGCACCCAGCUCAACAAUGCCAGGAAGAGGGCAGCAAAGAAGCGAGCAAAGCAGCAAGCCAAGCUGGUCGACCCCUCCUUGGUUUUCAUUCAGAAUCCUUUGGGCGCACCGACGGUGGUUCGAGCGAAGGGCUGGUUCGCAGACUUGGGCAAGAAACUCCCGUUGCGACUCGGUCCUUUGGAAGGCUGGCGAACGUCGGCCAAGUUGGCGGUGCGUGCAUCGGGCGCUUCUGGCGUAAAAAUCGGCCUUUUCGUGCCAAAGUCGCAUGACGUGGUGCCGAUCAGCGGCUGUGCCGCUCAUCAUGCCUCCAUCAACACAGCUCUGGAGGCGAUCAGCACGGCAUGUAAAGCUGCGAGAAUUCGUGGAUACGACGAAGACAAAGGAGAAGGUGACCUGCGCUAUGUGAAGCUGGAAGUGCAGCGCUCCAGCGAGCUGGUGCAGGUCACCCUCGUCUGGCAUGCAAGCUCCCAGGAGGAGGCGGGGAAGCCGCUCCGGAAGCUCCUCACUUCACUCCAGCAGCACGAACUGUGGUAUUCGAUCUGGGCAAACUUCCAUGCUGCAGACAAGCAUACUUCCCGCAUUCUGGCCUUUGAAAAGGAGGCCUGGGUUCAACUGGCCGGGCGCAAGCGCUGGCUGCGGGAGGCGCUGCAGAGGAGUGCUGUGCCCUAUCACUGCGAGCUGUGCUUUCCACCCUUCGUCUUCCGCCAGGCGAAUCUUUGUGCCUUUGAGCGGAUCGUUUCGGCGGUUCGGCGCUUUGUUCCGUUUGGCAGUGCUGUGGUGGAGCUUUAUGCUGGCGUGGGUACAAUCGGUCUUCACCUGGCGGAUGUAGCUGGUUCUUUGGUUUGCAGCGACGAGAACCCAUUCAACCGUGCAUGCUUCCGUCGCAGCGUGAGGAGCUUGCCACCGGACCUGCAGCGGAAACUCAGCUACGUAUCAGGCGAUGCAGCCUCGCAGGUUGACAGCAUUCCAACGGCUGACGUUGUCAUUGUCGACCCUCCCCGAAAGGGCAUGGAGGACGAGGUGUUAGAUGCUCUCGUGCGACGGCCAAAGAGAAAGUUGGUGAAGCCGUGCCGUCUCAUCUACGUCAGUUGCGGAUUUCCAGCCUUUUGCCGCGAUGCUGAGAAGCUGAUUCAGCAUGGCUGGACGGUUCUCCACGCCGAGGGCUUCGUGCUUUUCCCCGGUUCGGACCGGACCAUCUUGAGACGUUCUGCGUCUUCGAAAGAACCUGAGCAAAGAGCGCCAUCCAAGACGGAGUGGUGUUCGCUUGCUCUGGUCACAGCAGUUCCGCAGCAGAGGCCGGGCUCGCGUCACGUCUGUCACUGCCAGGCUGCCAGACUGCCGAGGCAUCCCGCGUCCCUGCUCCUGGCCAUGGCCUGGGAGGUGGUCGGUGGCGGGGACAAGGGUGGCAUCCUGGUCCGAAGCGGCCAGGCCACUAGCAGCGACCAGCUUUCGGAGCGUCUCAGCACCGGGGCUCGGGUGGAGGAGCUGGAUCUCGUGGGCGAAAGGCUGCACUACAAGCUCGUCUCGGGUACCGGCCCGGCAGAGGGCUGGGUUAGCCUCUCCCUCAAGGACAAGCCCUUGCUCCAGCGCGUUGGUGAGAAGGCCAAGCCGGACGUGAAGGAUGUGGGCGAUCUCCGAGAGGGCGAUUACUAUGUGACCUUAGGAAUCCUCUUCAAGAAGCUGGGGACGGAUCCUGAGAAGGCCUCGAUCACCAAGCUAAAGCGCAGCGUGGGGUCCGUGGUGCACACCACGGGGAAGGUCUGGAGAGGUUCAGGUGGUGGCUAUUGGGCAGAGCUGGACAUGAGCUCGGGCGACUCCGGUGCCGGCGAGAAGCCCGGCUACGUGAUGAUCGAUGCCAGCGGCUUCGGAACACCGGGCCCGUGUCUGCAGAAAGCAUCGAAAGAAGACGGGCCGAUCCUCCUUCUGAAGGCCAAGCCCAAGCCGGGAUCGGAAGUGAAAGCCUGGGACGAGGGGAGCCUUGACAAGGAGUUUCUCGUGCUGUCGAAGACUACCAUCGCAGAGGUACGGGUCAUCCUGGGGAUGUUGUUCAAGAUUGCCAAGUCCGAGAGUAUCACGGUGCUGUCAAAGGAUGGUAGCCAACUUACCCCGGAAACGAAUAUCGGCGAGGCCGGCUUCCGAAAUGGCGACGAUUGUGCCUUCGAGCACUCGGAAGGCGUGCCGAUGAGGCUCGUGGUCAUGAGCCCCCUUGAAGAGGGCGUGAAGCUGACAGACCUUGACAUCAAGAACGACUGGACUGUAGGACAGGUCCGGAAGCUCCUGUGCAGCAUCACCGGCUUGAAGGAGUCCAGCAUGAUUAUGGCCCGAGGGAAGAUGGGUGAGCGUGUCGGCGAGGACGCCCAGCUGAACCUGUCGCACCUGGUAGCAGACUGUGGCUACAAGGAGGGGGAUGAGAUCGGAUUCAUUUACAUGGGCGAUACGGAAGGUGAUCUGAAGGCCUUCCUCGCAAAAAAGUAG